AUGCAACCGGAGAGGAGCGUUCAAGGUGAUGACUCUAGAUGUAGGGAAAAUUCUUACACGUACGAUGUUAAGCGAGAUGUGUACAACGAGGAGACCUUUCAACAGGAACACAGAAGGAAGUCUGGCUCCUCCGGGAACUUCGACGUUGACAUCACCACGUUCAGACACCACGUCCAGUGCAGCUGCUCAUGGGACAAGUUCCUGAGAUGCAUGCUUACGGUGUUUCCCUUCCUAGAGUGGAUGUGUUUGUACCGAUUCAAGGAUUGGCUUCUUGGAGACUUACUUGCAGGUGUAAGUGUUGGCCUUGUGCAAGUUCCCCAAGUCCUGACGUUUAGUUUGCUGGCAAGGCAACUGAUUCCUCCUCUCAAUAUCUCAUAUGCGGCUUUCUGUUCUUCGAUAGUUUAUGUAAUUUUUGGAUCAUGUCAUCAAAUGUCCAUUGGUUCCUUCUUUCUUUUGAGCGCCCUGAUGAUUAAUGUCCUGAAGCUGUACCCAUUCAACAGCGGCCACCUCAUCCUGGGAACUUUCAUCAAAGAGGAUUUUUCGAACCCCUACUUCUUUACGGCCUAUAACAGAUCCCUGAGUGUGGUGGCAUCCACAACAUUUGUGACUGGGAUUAUUCAGCUCUCGAUGGGCGUGCUAGGUUUUGGCUUUGUGGCAACUUACCUCCCGGAGGCCACGAUCAGCGCCUACCUGACGGCCGCGGCCCUGCACCUGAUACUGUCCCAGCUGGCGUUCAUCUUCGGGAUUAUGAUCAGCUUCCACGCCGGCCCCAUCUCCUUCUUCCAGAACAUACUUAACUACUGUAUGUCUCUCCCAAAAGCUAAUUCCACCAGCAUCCUGCUAUUUCUAACUGCUGUUGUCGCUCUGAGAAUCAACAAAUGUAUCAGGAUCUCCUUCAAUCAGUAUCCCCUUGAGUUUCCCAUGGAGGUUUUCCUGGUCCUUGGCUUCAGUGCGCUAGCGAGCAAGGUGAGCAUGGCCACCGAAACCAGCAGGAGCUUCGUGGACAUGAUUCCCUACAGAUUCCUGCUUCCUGUAACGCCAGACUUCAGAGAUCUGCGGGAAAUUAUUUUGGAUGCCUUCUCCUUAUCGUUAGUGAGCUCCUCACUGCUCAUAUUUCUGGGCAAGAAGAUUGCCAAUUUCCAUAACUAUAGAGUCAAUUCCAACCAGGAUUUAAUAGCCAUUGGCCUUUGCAAUGUCAUCAGCUCAUUUUUCAGAUCUUGCGUGUUUACCGGUGCUAUUGUCAGGACUGUUAUCCAGGAUAAAUCUGGAGGAAGACAGCAGUUUGCAUCUCUGGUAGGAGCAGGUGUGAUGCUGCUCCUGAUGGUGAAGGUGGGAAGCUUUUUCUACGACCUGCCAAAUGCUGUGCUGGCUGGUAUUGUUGUGAGCAACGUCCUACCCUACCUUGAAAGCAUUUACUACCUACCCAGCCUGUGGAGGCAGAGCCCAUGCGACUGUAUUAUUUGGAUUGUGACAUUCAUAUCUGCAAUUUUCCUGGGACUGGACGUGGGACUACUUGUCUCACUGGCCUUUACCUUCUUCAUGAUCACCAUUCAGUCACACAGAACCAAGAUCCUUCUCCUGGGCCAGAUCCCCAACACCAACAUUUACAGGAACAUCAGCGACUACCGGGAGCUCAUAACCAUUCCCGGGGUGAAGAUCUUCCAGUGCUGCAACUCCAUCACCUUCGUCAACGUGCACGAGCUGAAGCGCAAGCUGCUGCAGGAGGUGGAGAUGGUGAGGGUGCCCCUCAAGGAGGAGGAGAUGUUCAGGCUGUUCUCUGAGAGCGAGGGCGGCUCGCGGGUGGAGCAGCUCUGCCGGUGUUUCUGCAACUGCGACGAGCUGGAGCCGCCGCCCCGGAUUGUUUACACAGAGCGAUUUGAAAGCAAAUGGGACCACAAGCCAUCCUCCAUCAACCUGAUCAGCUGCACACGUUUGGACAGUGGGAGCUCGAGCCAAACUUCAUACAGCGACCAAAUGCCGUACGUGGUAUCUCCCACAUUUCAGAGAAAUCAAGAGCAAAACUGUGACAAUAUGGAGAAAAUUUGGCUUCCUAAUAAACCCGCUAGAAACAACUUGAGGCAAUUUGCCGAUGCUUCUGACAGCCACGUCAGGAGUCACUCAGUCAUCCGUUACUCAGAUUCGUCUUUUCUGCCCUGUGCUCACACUAUCAUCCUGGACUUCUCCAUGGUGCACUUUGUGGACUCACGGGCUACAGUCAUAUUGAGACAGAUGUGCAACGCCUUCCAAAACGCCAACAUUCUGGUGCUCAUUGCAGGGAGUCACUCUUCUGUGGUCAGGACCUUUGAGAGGAACGACUUCUUUGAUGCUGGCAUCACCAAGGCCCAACUCUUCCUCAGCCUCCAUGACGCUGUGCUGUUUGCCUUGUCAAGGAAGCUUCCAGAGUCCUCCGAGUUAAGCAUGGACGAAUCUGAGACAGUGAUACAGGAAACCUAUUCAGAAACAGAUAAGGGUGCAAAUUCGAGACAUAAAAUAAACAGCGGUGUUCUAGAAGUGCCCCCAAAUAUAAGUCCCAUCUUCACCAAGAUGCCGAGGCCACGGAUAGAGGAGGAGUCACAGAUAGACCUGGAGCUGGACGCCAUACUGGAGUCGGACCGAGAGAACGAGCUGGACCAGGACCCCGAGCUGGAGCCGGAGUCGGAGCUGGAGCCGGAGACGGAGCUCGACUUCGACCCCGAGCCUGACCCCGAGACCGAGCUGGAGCCGGAGUUCGAGCCUGAGCCUGAGCCCAAGUCCAGGCCCAGGUCGCAGACUUACCCUCGGCAGCAGUACUGGUCUCCCGGCUCCGCAGGUCAGAGUCAGCCUAGGACACAGUCGGUGGACAGGAGACAUCUACAGAUGAAUUCAUAUUCACCUAAGGACAGUGACACUGAGGAUCCCUAGAAAAUGAACCGGGGAAAAGGGUCCGAUUCCCUUGACAAAUCCUCCCACCCAGACGGGGUCGCUUGGCCAGGAGCCCCAGACUGGUUACAGACUGGCAGGGCUCGCCUAGG